AUGUUGAGGCAGACUCAGCGUCGCAAGUCCUCAGCCACUGCAGGGGAAAACCCCCGCCACAGCCAGUUCCCCUCUUCUUCCUUCCUUGUCUCCCGGGCGGCGGCAGUGGCUGAAACAGAUGCCACCUCCAAGCCUCUGUUCCCCCUCAACCUCCCAUCCCCCACCCCCGACUCCUCUACUUACUGCUUACUUAGUGCAUUUACUGUCCUUUCUUCCCAGGCUCCCGAGAAGCAGAGGGGAAAUGGGACAUGGCUAGUGACAGAGUUCGUGCUGGUGGGAUUCUCCAACCUUCCGCACCUGAGGACCACACUCUUCGCGUUGUUCCUCCUCACCUACCUGGUCACCGUCAGUGGCAACGUCACCAUCAUCACCAUCAUCCAUGUGGAUCGCACGCUCCACACACCCAUGUACCGCUUCCUGGCGGUGCUGUCCCUCUCUGAGACCUGUUACACGCUGGUCACCAUCCCCAACAUGCUGGCCCACCUGCUGAUGGAGAGCCAGGCCAUCUCCAUCUCUGGCUGUCGGGCUCAGAUGUUCUUCUUCCUGGGUUUGGGUUGUAGCCACUGCUUCCUCCUUACCCUGAUGGGUUACGACCGGUACGUGGCCAUCUGUCAUCCCCUGCGCUAUUCGGUGAUCAUGAGACCCACCGUUUGCCUCUGCCUGGGAGCCUUGGUUUUCUGCUCUGGGUUCUCGGUGGCCUUGGUGGAGACCUGCAUGAUCUUCUCCUCGCCCUUCUGCCGCGGAGGCCGCGUGGAGCACUUCUUCUGCGACAUCGCCGCGGUGCUGCAGCUCAGCUGCGCAGACAGUGCGCAGAGGGCGCUGGGCAUCUUCUUCCUGAGCAUGCUGGUGGUGCUCUUCUCCUUCCUCCUCAUCCUCCUGUCCUACGCCUUCAUCGUGGCGGCCAUCCUGCGGAUCCGCUCCGCCGCCGGCCGGCGCAGAGCCUUCUCCACCUGCGCCGCGCACCUCACGGUGGUCGUGGUGCAUUUUGGCUGCGCCUCCAUCAUCUACCUGCGGCCCGACUCCGGGGCGAACCCCGCCCGGGACCGCCUGGUGGCUGUGUUCUACACGGUGGUGACGCCGCUGCUCAACCCCGUGGUGUACACUCUGCGCAACAAGGAGGUGAGGGUGGCGCUGAAGAGGACCCUGGCGCGCAGCGGCGGGGUUUCAAGAUGAGGACUGGCUUUGCACUGUUCACGAGGAUCUAGGUUUUCAUUAACGGGUGCCCCUCCUGAGACCCAGAUCCCCCACCUGGAAAACAGGAUUGACUUUCAUAUUCUUCCUAAA